GUCAUCGCACGGUGUCGCGCUAUGAAGGCACCUUGUACAACUAUAAUCACUUAUUUGUUGAUUUACGUUUGGAAAAUCCGAUAGUUUGUUUGCUUGGUUUCAGCGUGCAUCUAAUUGGGGUGAUAAAGAAUAAAGCCUUAUGCUAACAGAUAUACUUGUAUGUGGAACCUCCCAAGGUGUGUUAUAAAAGAAAGGUAGACGGAGAAUACUCGUAGAUUGCCAUAGGCUCGUGUUGAGUGAGAGGCAGAGAAAAAUGAGUUCGCAGGGUAAGACGAGCCUCGGAAGCUGUGAUAGUGAUGACAAAAAGUACGAGAUGGUGCCUCCAGAGGGUGGAUGGGGGUACGCGGUUUGCGUCGGGCUGUCUGUUAUCUUUAUCGCUGGGACUGCCCAUCAGCCUGUUUUUGGAUUUAUUUACAACGAUUUCCUUGACGAGUUGGGCGUCGGUACCGGCGCAGUCACCGUAGUGUACGGAGUGUUUCAAGUCACUCUUGCUAUAGCUGGUUUCUCAUCGAAUAUAGUUCUAAAAAAACUUUCGCUAAGACAAGUUGGCUUGAUCGGUGCAUUUAUAUACACGUUAGCAUCGUUUCUAGCUAUAUUUGUGACAACCACAACACAGUUGAUCAUCACAAAUGGAUUCCUACAAGGUUUAGGAAUGGGAUUACUCAUUCCAGUAUCUUAUACAAGUUUCAACAGUUACUUUACAAGGAAAAAAGUGCUUUAUUUGAGUUUGUGUAAGGCAUCAAUUGGAAUGAUUACAAUGGUGUACCCUCUGUUCAUCAAAUAUACUAUAACGGAGUAUGGGUUCCGAGGAACGUUGGCGAUUCUUUGCGCUAUCUCUGCUCACAGUAUAUUCGGUGCUCUUGUUAUGCAUCCAGUGCAGUGGCACAUGGUAAAGAGGAUAAAGUCAUGUGAAAAGAUUGUUCUUAUCCCACCUACACCUGCAUCAGACGAAGACAGCGAUAAGUUUGACUUCAUGAAAAGCAACAUCACAAAGCAAGAAACAAAAUCAGUUCAAAAUCUGUAUACCAAAAACUGUACAGAAUACCAUAAAGAAUCUGGUCUACUUAUACCAAAAAUAACGGAUUCAAGAAGACUGAGUAUACCUGUUGUUCUAAUACCGAGUGAAAAUACUAAUAGUAAAUUCAGUUCUCACGAUAAUGUUUAUAUAGAGAAUUUGUAUAAAGCAGCCUCAGUGUCAAGUAUAGGAAACUUUGGAAAUAUAGCUGCUGAACCAAUGCCCAUUAUAAAGAACAAGGAAGGCAAAUGGGAGACAGUAGCUGAAUAUUUAGACUUAACUCUAUUAAAGGAUUUGGUGUACGACAAUAUUAUAUGUGGAAUGGCCUUAACCUUCUUUGCUGACCUCACGUUUUUCACGUUGGAGCCAUUAUUUUUGGACAAAAAUCAUCUCAGCAAAGCGGAGAUAGCGAACAUUAUAGCCGUGGGGGGCGCCACGGACAUGACGGCGCGACUGCUGCUGGGCGUGUCGGGGCAGUUCUUCCGGAUGAACAGCCGCUACAUGUUCUACGCGGGCGCUCUGCUCGCCGCUUUAUUUAGACUAGUGUUUAUCCAGUUCACAACAUACCUCCCUCUACUGAUAUUGACGGGUGUUCUCGGAGCGAUGAGAUCCUUGGUACACAUAGCGCAGCCCAUAGUAAUGGCCGAGCAUGUUCCUAUCGAGCGAUAUCCUCCAGCUUACGGCUUAUACAUGUUGCUGGCCGGAGCACUUAGCUUAACCGUUGGACCUAUGAUCGGUUUCAUACGAGACUACACCGGAAGUUACGUAAUUGCGUUUGUGAUGUUGGCAGUUUGUAACUUGUGCUGCGUUGUUCCGUGGACCUUGGAAGCAAUCAUACUGUAUGUAAAACGAAGACAGCGUCAACAAACUUGAAUUUAUUUUAUGAAAUAAAGACUUUUUAAUCAAGACUGUCGCGGACUUCGGGUCAAAUCAAGUCUGUUUAAUGGUAACAGCUCACUAUAUCCACCGAGCACACAACCUGUACUGCCUUGCCUUGUGUCAUCUUGCGAGUGGCACGAACCGGUGACCGUGAAAAUUAUGUGAGCGUAGGUUCAUAUAAUUCCGCAUAUAAAGGGUGGAACUCAUGAGUCACCCUGCUCUUAAAUAGUUCUUACAAAUAUACUAAAUAUUUGCAGAUAAGUUUUAUUUUAUCUACAAAUCUAAAUUAUGCUUAUUUUAUUAUGAAUUGAUUUUAUUGAGAAAAUCACAGAUACUCGUAUAAAAAGGUUUUGAACUUCAAACCUCUUUUUUUAAGUCAGUUUAGAAAUUUUCUAUUUGCGUUCUUAAUAUUUUAACGAAGCCAAAUAUUCGUACAAUGUAUACAAUUUAUAAGGCGUAUACAUUUUGAAACGAUUGCGUGUCGUAUCCAAUUUGACUUCUUAUAAAGUGGUAUGAACUUCGCCAGUUAAAACUUUGCUAAGAGCAGUUUUUUACGUUUCUUUUUUCUUUUUAAUUCCUAUUAAAGAAAGCAAUUACGUUUAGUUUUAACUAAAUAAUUUUAGUUUGUGAUUGCGUAAACAAAAUGUGCCUUAUUGAUGUGAAUUGCAAUAUGACAACAGUACGAAAGUGCAACACAGAUGAAGACAGGGAUUUCAAAUUCUGAUAUGAUCCGAAUUAAAAUUGACCUUACCUUUUUUAGGGAUGACAGAUGUUCUAUAUCAAUAUUGACUAUUAUAUUAUAAUAGUCAUUAUUAAUAAUUAUACUUAAAUUAUUAAUGAUAAUGAUAAUUGUUAAUGAAAACUUGAUUAAGGGAUUCCUAUAACUAUGAUGGAAAAAAUUGUUCUGAGGAAUAGCUUGGUAAAAUCAAGUCUAAUAAUUAUGUGUUCAUUUCUUUAUUAAGUUUGCUACUGUGUUCUUUAUGUUUAUUUAUUAGAUUUUAAUUAAUUUAAUUAGAUAUAAUAAUAAUAAGUAUAAGAUGUAAAUAAUUAACAUAGGAAGUAUGUUUACGUUUUUUAAUCGACUUUAUUUUGUGAAAAAUUUACCUUAAUUAAAAACGUUAUUUUCAUUAAACUUGCUGUGUUCAUUUGAUUUUGUAAUGUAGGUAUUUUUAUUGUUUAAUUUUAAUUUUAUUUUAUUUUAAUACUCAUAUUGUUUGCUGAUUCAUUUACAAAAAGUGUAUUUGCUAUUAAUUAAUCAUAGAGACGAAUUAUAUCUGAAUUUAGUAAUUAAAUUUUCAGUUUGUAAAGUCUUAUACAGCUAUCAAUUUAUCUUGAGUUUUUUUAAGAAGUGUGUGAUUUAAUUAAAAAAUAAUAUCAGAGUAAAGGCCUGUGAUGACAGACUUUGUCAUUUUACAAAUCAUCCUAAAGAAACUAUAAAAAAACCUUUUUUUAUAGUUUCUUUUUUUAUAAGUUGUGAUUUCCUUGAGAAUGUUGAAAUAUGCACACACAAUCUCAUGGGACUGUAGACUUGAAUAUACGGUGCCAACUUGAUGCCUCCACAUAUUCCCGAAAAAAAGUAUUUCUUACCUUAUAGACAAGCAGAACUUUUAGGUGUGGAACCCUAAAAAAUAAAAUGUUUUAUACUUGGACGACGUAGGGUCUGGACUCUGGUCCUUUUAAAUAUGCUAUAUCGAAAAAGCCACCAUGAUCCACACCCCGUAGUUGCUUACCGUACUUGCUAGUAUCACCGAGUAGGUUUGGUAGUAGUAUUGGCUUACGAACUUUCAGUUUCAUAAAAUGACGACAAUAUUAUGGCCAUUACAGGCUUUCCCAUAAGUGAUAUAUUGUAUUCAAAAAUGAUAAUGUGUAAAGAUCUCUCAAAAAAUUAAAGGUAAUAAAGCUGUUGUUA